AUGCCAUCAAACUCAUCGACUCUUAAUCAUCGGAGCAGGCCCUUUACCAUUCUCUUCGCCUUUGGCGUCUUCGCGCAGGUCGCGUUGCUUGCCUGCAUCUUCUGGACUUACACUAGCUAUGGCAACCCCCGUGAGCCGACCGCCUUAGCGGAAACCACAACUAAGACAUCAUCAAGACCAAGCGGCUUCACUCUGCGCCACCUUUUGGAUCACGGCGCUGGACAACCUGGGCCACGAGCACGAAGAUUCGAUGUGACUCCAGAGCGGUUUGCCGUUGCUGGUAUCGACUCCCGCAUCGGGCCCUUCACUAUCAAGUCGGCACCAGUCAAGAUAGAAAGGCCCGCGUUACGUGGCUACGAUGCACAGAUCCCCAUGUCGCCCAUGUGGAUCGCCGAGGAUAUCCCGGGUCCGGAUGUCACGGACAAGAACACCGUUAUCAGUUUCGCAAACAUGUCCGAAGAUGCUUACAAAAUCGGCCCUGACGACGCAGGAUGGAUGGACGUCGAUGGGCAUUACAACUCGUCGGUCCCUUUUGGCUGGGAUGACAGUGGCAUCCGAGGCCAUGUGUUCAGCGACGACACUAACUCCACCAUCAUUCUGGCGGUAAAGGGAACGACGGUAGCCAUGUUCGAAGGCGACGGAACGUCCGUGCACGACAAAGAGAACGACAACCUGUACGGCUCUUGCUGUUGCGGCCAGGGCGGCACAUAUCUUUGGCGCAAGGUAUGCGACUGCCAGACUGGCACCUACAGCUGCGACGAGCAAUGCGUCAAGAACGAGUUACGGAAGCCGAACAGGUACUAUGCCGCAACUGUCGAGCUGUAUCAGGAGGUUGUCAAAAUCUAUCCGGAUGCACACAUCAUGACGACAGGGCACAGUCUAGGAGGCGUCCUCGCUUCUCUGAUCGGCCUGCAGCACGGUAUCCCCGCGGUGACGUUUGAAGCAUACCCACAAGCCUUAGCAGCUAAGCGCUUAGGACUACCAGCUGCUGGUGACGUUGCUCCACUCAGGAAGAAUACAGGUGGCUUCCAUUUCGGGCACACCGCUGACCCCGUGUACAUGGGAACUUGCAACGGUGCGACGAGUUUCUGCUCUAUUGGCGGAUACGCCUUUGAGACCCUUUGCCAUACCGGAAAGAAGUGUGCAUACGACGUGGUCAAAGACUGGGGUUGGAGGCAGAACACACAGACACACAGCCUUAGAUACGCCAUUGACAACGUGUACAUGAAGUACGACGAGGCAGCAAAAUGCCAAGAAGAGGAUGUUGGUUGUGUCGAUUUUCGAGAACGGGACGAAAACCACGACAACGAGUACUUCUACAACACCAACAAGUACCACAUCAUCGAGGACGCGGACGGAGACAUGUAA